AUGAUAAGCCUAGUUCCUCCAGCCAAUAUGCCCCCUUGUAUUUUCAUCCUGGAACAGGCACUAUCAGCUCGUGCGCUACAGGAAAUGCUUUCUAGUCGCAAUGAGCUUUCCGAUAGUCAUACUUCUGGUCAUCGCACUCUUCUCUAUGGCCACGCUAUUAGGCUGAAGCACCGCAACAGCAGCAUGUAUUUGGCUUGUCUUGGUACCAGUUCAACGGAGGACAAAUUGGCGUUUGAUGUAGGCCUCGAGCGCGAAGCCAACACCGAGGCCUGCUGGUGGACCAUUCACCCAGCUUCGAAGCAGCGAUCGGUUGGUGAAAAAGUGCGCAUUGGUGAUGAUUUGAUCCUCGUCAGUGUCUCGUCCGAGCGGUAUUUGGUAUGCUUUUAUUUCUCGCCUCUCUCUAUGCAUGCGCCACAUUAG